AUGGAUAUUUUGACCUCGAAUCAGAAGAAGGCUGGAGAGCCCCAGAUCGAACGAUCUGUGACAUUGAACUUCCAAGGAGACUGGGGCCAAGCCAACUUCCACAGGAUCUGCGCAUGGUUGACCCAAGAGUUCUGCGACCGGGCGGGGCCGGAAUCUCAGGUCGCGAUCUGGAGCAUCCGGCACGGAGGUGUCGAGGCCGUCCCCAACGUGUUCCACGGCCGCAUGCAGAUGGCCAUUGCGACGCCGGCACAGCUAAUGACCACCGCUCUAACGGGCACCGGCAUCUUCGCCCGGUAUGGGCCCAUGCCGUCCCUGCGAGCCUUGGCCGUGCUGCCCCAGAAUGAUCGCAUGGUUCUCGCCAUACACCCGAAGUACGGUAUCGGGUCGUUUGAGGAACUUCGCGCCAAGAAGCCCUCGAUCCGCAUUGCCACGUCCUGCAACGACGGCACCAAUUUCAUCGGGCAUGUUGCAAAUGCCUACCUCAAUUGCCAUGGACUCAGUCAGGAAGAGCUCGCCUCUUGGGGCGCCACCUUCGUCACUGCUCAUCGCCCCGAGCAGGCUGUCGCCAAGGUCAUCAGUGGCGAAGCCGAUGUACUGCUUGAAGAGGCCGUCAUGACGUUCUUUUGGGAAAAGGUCAUCGACGCAAUGAACUUCGUUCCCUUGCCAGCAGAGCCGUCGUCCCUGGCCAAGUACGCGGUGGACAAUCCUGGGGCCGCCAACCCAGACUCCCUUCCGCUACCUGCUGGGUUCUGGAAGUCGCUUGCAGAACCGCUUCCAGCGCUGGACUUUGCUGAUUUUGUCGUGUUGGUCCGGGACGAUUUACCGGACGAUGUUGCGCAUCUGCUGACUUGGUGCUUGGUCGAGACCAAGGACAAUAUUGAGUGCCUGUACGAAGAUUUCCCACCGAACAGAAGCCCUCUCACUGUGCCUCUGAUUCCUGCCAACAUGGCAAAGACGCCGAUUCCGCUGCACCCCGGUGCUCGUCGGUACUAUACAGAAGCUGGAUAUCUUUGA